AUGAAAGCCUUUCAGGGGUCUUGCAGAGGUGUUGUAGGGUUUUAUGCAGGCCAUCUUACUGGCAAGUGGGGUGGUGUCUUAGUGGCUGCAACAACACUUGAUGGUGAGAAUAGAUUAGUGCCUCUAGGUAUUGGAGUGGCUAGAAGUGAAACCAAAGAAAACUGGUUAAUAUUCCUCAAAGAUUUGGCACCAGGAAUCUUAGCUCAUCAUUCUGGAAAAGUCACUUUCAUAUCAGAUCAGCAGAAAGGUUUGUUGGAAGCAGUUGCAGAGGUGUUUCCUGGUAUGCCCCAUAGAUAUUGUUGGAGGCACAAUUAUAAGAAUUUCAAGAAAACUUCUAAGUCCCCCACAUUACACAGCUCAAUGUGGAAUGCUGCCAAAGCCUACAAGAUAAAGCAUUUUGAGGAACACAUGAUUGUUAUGUACCAAGAAAAUGCUAAAGUUGCAGAGUAUCUUAUGAAACAAGGUCACCAGAAUUGGUCUAGGGCUUUUUUUGAUCCCAUUAGUUGUUGUGAGCAUCUCAAUAACAAUUUUUCUGAAUCUUUUAAUUCAAUGGCUACUGAACUGAGAGAUAAACCUAUAGUUAUUCUUGGCAUGUUGUAUGGUGAGUUGGUGAUGAAAAUGUUUACAAAGAGAAGGGAACAAUGUACAAAGUGGAAAUCUGGAGAUUUGGUUCCUAAAGCUAAGGACCUUAUCAAAAAAAUGCUUGCCAUUAGUGAAAAAUUUCAUGUUCAGGCUAGUGUGGUUGGGGAGGAUUAUUAUAGGACCACAUGUGCUCCAAAAGUUUUUCCACUGGAAGACAUUUCUGACUAUCCAGGGCCACCAACGGAAAACAAGAUACUACACCCUCCCAGCCAAAGAAAGCCUGGAAGACCUCAUUCAAAGAGGAGAAGAAGUUAUGAUGAACCUCAAACUGAGAAGAAGAAAAGGAAGUGUACUCAGUGUGGAUCUACAGAAGGUCACAACAAGAGAACUUGUAAAGGUGGUGAUGUUGGUAAGAAUCAAACUAGAUAUAGGCCAAGAACUGAGUGUGAUGCUAUAAACUUCAUUUUCACAGACACAGAUGAAGCUGAAACUAGCACUGCAAGGGGCAAAGCAAAGAAGAAAGAGCCUAGUAACACACAAAGUUUCAGUCAAGCUUUUGCUGGUAUUGGAUAUGUGGCUCAGAAUAUUGUUACUGUUACACAGGAUAAGGGAAAGCAGGGAAAGAAAAAUGCAAAGAAGAAGUAA